GAGAGUUGGCGUGUGAUCGUGGAUAAGUCUAGUAAGAUAUCAAAGUUGUACCAAAACGUUGUUGAUUACUUCGUAACAGAGUGGACUUAACCGUGUGAUUCACUGUGACAUUGUGCCUUAAGCUAGGAUUGUGUUCCCAUUUUUUUUUGAUGUGCCUAGUCUUAUGUAACUGGUGUCACCCAGGGCUACAGUCAGAAGUAGAAUUCUAAGGGAUUCUGUUGUGUAUUUUAUCCUGUAUGAUACCUCUGUGUAUGACCUCUGGUGUUGACCUUUAACCUCCUACCUCAAGAUGUCAACUGGUGGUAAUGAUGCCAGUGAUAUGCUGGCUGCUGCCCUGGAACAGAUGGAUGGCAUCAUAGCAGGCACUAAGCUUCAAUUUCAAAAUGGUCUGAAUUCUGCCGAGCCACGUAAUAUUCCCAGUGCGGAUGUGCAGAUCCUGAAAUUACUGGAGGAUGUAAAAGACGCUUUGGAUAAUGCCGACACUGAUCAUAACGCCUCUACUAGAAACCAAGUUCCAGUGACUACUUCACAGUCUAUCGUAGCAUGGUUAAAAGGCGAAGAUAGUUUACAGUGGAGAUAUCCAUUUAUUCCUUUGGUCUUGACUAAUGGCAAUAGUUGUCAAUGUCAUCACCAUGACAAUGACGAGGAGAAGCUGCAAAGACUGGAAGAUGAUAAGUCUUCAUUGAUGUUACAAGUCAGUGUAUUGACUGAUCAGGUGGAAGCGCAGACAGACAAUAUCAGAGAACUAAAUACCAUCAUUGAACAGACCCUAUUAAAAGUGGAUAAAACUGAAGAAAUGUUACAACAGGAAAUUGGAGAAAGGACGUCUUUACAGAACGAGAAGUUGAACCUUGUGGAUACUGUGUCUGAACUGAAGAUAAAACUUGCCAGGUCGGAAAGAGAUCAGUUAGAACCUGAUGACAGACUCCGAGAAUAUAUGAAUGAGUUGGCUGAGUAUAAAACCCAGGUGAGGGAAAAAGAUGAAGAAAUUGAAUGUUUACGAAGGGAAAUUGACACCUUGAGGAAAGUCAAAGAAGCUACAACAAACCUUGAAAAAGAUACUGAAGUAGGAAAAUUAAAAGAAGCAGUAGAGUCAUUGAUGGUAGCUAAUGGUGAAAAAGAUAGAAAAAUUGAUGAGUUGAAACGAUCGUUGAAUCGAUACCGAAGAGUUCAAGACAUGGUCAUGAAUGCCCAAGGUAAGAAAGAGAACGGCAUGGAGUGUGCACAGAGUGAUAGUACAUCAACGUUAAAUUCUCAGCCGUCGACUGUUGAUUUGGAAGAGUCGAAUAGAGAUAAGGAAAUUGAGACAUCAAUUCCAAUCAAACAGUCAAUGCCGUUUCCGACUGCAACAUCAACUCCUGUUAACUCUCAGCAAAUCAAUUUGGUGCCAACUAGAAUGAUGCAAGAAGGGGCCAGUCCAGUCAGUGUCAUUCACAACGAUACCGUCAUACACGUUACCAAGGCAACAGAAAACAACACUACUGUGACUGUAGUUGCAGAUGUGGAAAAGACACCUCAGAUGCCAACACAUAAAUCAUCAAGUUUAGAAGAUAUUCGAGACAUGCCAGAUACAGCUAAAACUCCUGCCUAUCCAGACUACAGUACACUACCAAAUUCACCACGGAAACCAAAAGAUGUGCCUUAUUCCAUAGAAGUUGAACAGCAACAACUACAACAUCAACAGCAGCAGCAGCAGCAGCAAGCUUCAAACGGUAUAGAUAGAUUGCAGGAACCCCCGCCGCAGCAUGUAGAAGAAAAUAAUCUAGGUAAAGCAAGCGCCUCCUAUGGGAGGGGUGUGUUUAAAGUUAAAGGUGGGAAAAGGUCUAACAGUGCUCCAAAUUUAGCUGAAACAGAAGUAGUUGGUAUGGAGGAAGAGAUAGAAGAAGAACGUGGUAGCAAAGGUAGUUUGCAACGAUAUGGUGGCAUGGCAACCCUGGAUAAAGCAGGAGGUACUGGCAAAGAACAAAAGAAAAAGAAGAGUGGUUUCAAACGUUUUUUUGGCAGGUUGAGGCGAAGCAGUUCGGGUAGUUUAAACCUUGAAGAAGAAGAUGAUAAUGGUUUUAAUCGUGGUGGCCGUCUGCGCUCUACUGCAGGUGCAAGACUGGGAUGGUCAAAAGAUCUUAAAAACCAUAAUGAUAUUGAUGUGCCAUUUGCUAACUGGGACUCUGAUAAAGUAGCAGCAUGGUUACAUGAAAUGGGAUUAGGUCAGUACGUCAGUGCAUGUAAGCAGUGUGUUAGAAAUGGUUCUACCCUCAUCAAGGCAACUCCGCAUUUCCUAGAAAAGGACCUUGGAAUUAAACAUCCAUUGCAUCGAAAGAAAUUACAGCUUGCUCUGAGAGCAACAGCGUCUGAAGAACCUGAUAAAAUGGGUGAACUUGACUAUAACUGGGUGACAAGGUGGCUGGAUGAUGUUGGGUUACCACAGUACAAGGAUUCCUUCAAUGAAUCAAGGGUUGAUGGGAGGAUGUUACAUUAUAUGACUGUGGAUGAUUUGUAUUUUUUGAAAGUUACUAAUAUUUUACAUCAAAGCAGUUUAAAAAGAGGAAUUCAGUGUUUACGUAUCCAGAAUUUUCAUCCUAAUUGUCUGAAAAGACGACCAACUGAUGAGUCAUGGCAGAAUGGAGCUGAAGUUAUGGUAUGGACAAGUCAUCGGGUAAUGGAAUGGUUACGUUCUGUGGAUCUAUCAGAGUAUGUUCCUAACUUGAGAGGUAGCGGAGUCCAUGGUGCACUUCUGGUACUAGAGCCAAGUUUUACAGCAGAAACCUUAGCCACCUUGUUAUCAAUUCCACCAAAUAAAACUUUACUCCGAAGACAUCUGACUACACAUUUUGUGGCGUUGGUUGGUGCUGAUUGUCAAGCUAAGAAACGUGAAUUGGAAUUGUUACCGGGGCAUAUACCACUUUCUCAGUUGGCAAAAGUCAAGCCCAAAAAGAAAACACCCAGCUUAGCAAGAAAAAAAAAAUCUGGAUGCGAGCCUGAAGACUACCUGUGUCCAAUGAAUAUAGAAAUGCCAACUGUCCCGAGAACACAGCCACGAAAUCAACAUACGAAUGGUAGCUUGCAUACUUAUAAACAGGAUAUACGCAGUGCUAAUAUGGUACACCGGCAAAAUGGGGAAGAGGAUGGCGAAGUUGAGUUGAAUGAGGGGGCUGUACUGCAAAUUGGUGCGUUCUCAGAAGAUAUUAAUAAACUUACUAAUAUGUUAGCGGAAGACAUGUUUGAUGAAGCCAUUACUUCCACUGUGUAAUCAGUGUUUUAAUUCCUACUGCCCUGUCUCCUCUUUUCUCCCACUUAUUUACACCAAUGUGUGCCUGAAUAUCUAAACAUAUCUGCCUUAUUUUGAUGUGAUAACCCAGCAAUAUUUAGUUUUAUCUUCCUGAUUUAAUUUCCAAUAAAUGUUAUUUAUUCUUGUAACCCUAACAUGUGAUAUCUAUAUCAAUCGCUUUAUUUAUUUUUAUUCCGAUAUUUGUCUCUGUGUUUCAACUGCAACUCAUACUCCUCCAGUUCAAAACUUGAACCUGAGAAGAAUUUGUCAAAAGUAUUUGCAGUUGAUAUUUUAUGAAAUUGAAAACUAAUUAUUUAAUCGAUAUGAUUCUUGUGUUUAUCAGUUCUACCUAAAAUUUUACUUUUCUUACAUUAUAAAGUUGUUCUGAUAUUUUUUAAUUUCAUGUUUUUAGUUGUUGAACAAAAUCAGAGUAAAAACAUAUUCUUGGCUUUGAUACCUUUUCUUAUGUACAUUAACAAACAUUUAUUGUAUUUAAAUGCCUACCCUGUCUAACAUUUACCAUUGUAGAGUCCACUAGCAUAUUUACGAAAGUUAAGUUGUGUAUAUAUUGUUUGAAGACAAAUCUACAAGUCAAUCUUGUGUCAAAACCUU